UUAAAGCCGCAGACUCUGCCGUUCAUAGUCAAUACUGCAUCAGUUUAAGAUACCACUCGGUCGCUAACUGUGAUAAAACAAUUCAAAUCCAAAAAUGAGCGGAGGAGAGGCUGAUCAAUUGACAGAAGAGCAGAUUGCUGAAUUCAAAGAGGCAUUCUCUCUCUUCGACAAAGAUGGAGAUGGUACCAUCACCACCAAGGAGUUGGGAACAGUUAUGCGUUCUCUGGGACAGAACCCUACUGAAGCUGAGCUUCAAGACAUGAUCAACGAGGUCGAUGCUGAUGGAAACGGCACAAUCGAUUUCCCUGAAUUCUUGACAAUGAUGGCGCGGAAAAUGAAGGACACAGACAGUGAAGAGGAGAUAAGAGAAGCCUUCAGAGUCUUUGACAAGGAUGGAAACGGAUUCAUUUCCGCAGCCGAGCUUCGUCACGUGAUGACAAAUCUUGGGGAGAAGCUUACAGACGAGGAGGUUGAUGAGAUGAUCCGAGAGGCAGAUAUUGAUGGUGAUGGUCAGGUCAACUAUGAAGAGUUCGUAACGAUGAUGACAUCUAAGUAAGUGGGUCCCGCCCAUCUCCUGGGUUUGGGGAGAGGUGGGCUAAACUCAUAUCUCGGCCCGCCCACCUCUACUGCCCCUCUACCCACCAAUCCUAUUGCAUUUUCUGCUUUCUGUCUUUAUGUGAUUGCUACAUUUCCCCACAAGCUACCCUGUUUCUCCUACCCUCAACUUCGCUGUUUCCCGACCCUGCAGGGUGUCUCAAGAAUACAUGUUACACGCUUUUUUGUGGACACUCUUCCCUUGUUCGUGUUUCAAGUUUUUUAUUUUUUAACCGAGUAGCGCCAUUCUUCAACUUUGAUUAAUUGUUACAUAAUAUUCAAUCCACCAGUCUCUGGCGGCGGUUUUAUUUUUAAACUCCGCUCAAGCCAACAUUUUUUUUACAAUUCUGACAUCUUUUUUACGGCCGAAAAUCGAUACAUUCCUCUUUUUGUCUAUAUUCAGUAUUCUGCUGAAAUUUUAUUUGUAAGAACUAUUAAAACUUUUAACUAGUCUUUUUAUUUGUAUUUGAAGGGUCGGAUCCUGUUGAUCACGACCUGGAGCUAAAUUAUUCCAACUUUCUCUUUAAAUCUGUUAAAAAUAUGUAGAUAUAGAAUAAACUUUUAAAUCUCGAUA